AUGGUCAUGGAUGCUGAGCGCAACAUGUUGGCGGUAUUGAAUGCAGCGGGCUUCAAGGGCACAGAGUGCAUGACGCACAAGUUACACCUUGUUGUGCAUGAUACCAUUGGCCUGGAGAGCCACAUCAAGCCCAAUGAGGGCAUCUGUGGAAAACAAAUGUGCACUGUGGCUGACACAACUAAUCGUUCUCCUCUUCCCUGUGUAGAAACUGAAGAACAUGCUGAAGGAUCAAUUGCUGAUAAUAUUGUGGAUGGUGCCCCCAGUGUGGUGAGCGGAGGUGGACGGUUAAAGCCCUUGAAAAAUGGCAGGGAGAUGGCUGUAAUUCGUGACAAGGUGAAUGAGCAGCAAAAGCACAUGGGCAAGCCUACCAAGCACCACCAUCACCCUGACCUACGGGCACCAUCUCUCAGGACCCCUUGCCAGCAGGAAUUGGACCAGGUCUUGGAACGCAUCUCGACUAUGCGCUUGCCAGAUGAGCGUGGUCCGUUAGAGCACCUCUAUUCCCUGAAUAUCCCAAAUUGUGACAAGCAAGGGCUCUACAAUCUCAAGCAGUGCAAAAUGUCAGUAAAUGGCCAGCGAGGAGAAUGCUGGUGCGUCAAUCCUAACACCGGAAAAACCAUCCAAGGGGCUCCUACCAUUCGCGGAGAUCCUGAAUGCCACCUGUUCUACCCAGGGCACGAGCAAGAGGCUCGGGGGCUGCAUGCCCUGCGCGUGCAAUAGUUCCUACCCACCGGCAGGCAGCUCGGCCGAGUUUCAGCGCUGGAUUUUACAUGGGUUUCAAUGCAUCUUGAUUUUCUUUCCUUUCCCCUCCCCCCUAGCUCUUUCUGGGCUACAUGUGCCUCUCCACUGCUUGCCUUUAACCCAUUGGGGAAGAAUUACAAAGGAGCUGGGUUGGAAGGGAACUGGUUUCUCAGCCUUUUCUGCCUGAGAGCUUUCUUAGGUCACAUACAGCCUUGAUGCAAGCAGGGAAUAAUCCUUGUGUUAGAGAGAACUGAUCUGUCUUCUGCACACAGGUCUCUCCAAAGAACCAAGGUGAUCAAGCUCUCAACAGGCUGGAUGAGAUAAUCUUUCCCCUGCUCCUAACCCCUACGCUGACACCAAAGACCAAAGAUUGUAAAUACUGCAUAUUGCCUACUGUCCGGAGCCCUAACGUCUCCCUGAUGGUCCUGUUAGGUGGCUUGUAGCAUAAUUGAGGGGUAGGGAGAAUCAUUGUUCAGAUUCAGGUCUUUGGCAGGAAAGCCAUUUUCCUUCUUGGAAGGCGUGGGGGGAUGAAGGAGUUAGUUACACUUUGCUACCAACUUUUUCCACAAAACAUUGCACUUAAAAAAAUCCACAAUGGUGCACCCCCUUCUCUCCACCCAAUCCUUAAAAUGCUAGAGUGGAGCUUCAUCCAUUAAGAACAGAAUGCUAUGAAUAAUGGUGCAACUUCAGGGUUUCUCUUAAGUAGAGCCUUAUGUUUUACUUAGCCUCUAGUGGGUGUGCUUGUGAGAAGCAGCGAUAUGCAGGUAAAUGUUAAUGAUGAUUCUACUUUUCUAAUGGCAGUUCUGCUCUGUUCCAAAUCAGGUAUAAUAAGUCUCAAAAUCAAGAGAGAGAGGAGUCAGGUGCUGGGGAAACAACCCCAGAAUUCAGGUUUUCUACCUAAGCAAAAACCCAUUUAAAACCCACAUGUAAGCUGCUGCCAAUGGCCUUCUCUUCUAUCACAUGGGACCCGGGUGAUCAACACCCAUGUAUUUAAAUACACAUUAUAUAUAGUGCUUUGUAAAGCCCCUGAAAGACAUGCAAACAAGAUACACAGACACAUUAUUAUUAAUAUUUGGGAGCUAGGGGAGACAUGGUGUUCGAUGUUCUCAAGAACAGACUAUGUUUUGCUGAUAUUGUUUCACACCUUUUUGAUUUUCUGUGCAGAUCAUGAAAGUACUGAAAAUUUGACUUAGCAGCUGCAUGGACAAUGAGGUCUUCUUACAUUAUAAAUAUACCAAUUUAUAUUUACAGGACAAUUGCUAGGUUCAUAUACUUGGUGUAAUCAUUGGGAGUUGGGUGUUUUGUUCUGAAAACAUAAUAUUGUAAGAAGCAAAAACAACCAAAAAACAAAACAGAUAUAUUCCUAAAGUUUGGUAGAAGCCACAAGUACUUGUGCAGUAGGGAAACAACUUUGGGACUCUCUCUUUCCAAGAGUUUUCCCUCAAGUUUGGCCAGCCACUGGAGGAAAUGUUUUCCCUGUUAAUUUCACUGCCUUGUAAAAUACACCACUUCAAAAAUUCAGUGGUAAUUACAAAUUGGAGGGGACUUCAUCACAAUCAUCUUCCCUCUUACAACCUCAAGUGACUUUUGACUUGUAGGGAUUAAUUUUUAGUUUGAGUUCGCAGCUACAUAUGACAAGGUGGAAGAAAGGGAGAGAGCGGUAAACUACUAUGGCUAAACAUACAAACAGCUUUAGGGAAGUCUACCAGAGCAGCCACUAGUAAUUGCUGGAUAGACUAGACAAGGAAAAGCGAAGGUAUGCUAAAUGUUAGCAGAAGCUUUGGGAGAAGAGUGCCUGAUCUAUUAAGUGCAGAGAAGGGUAAUGAGUGAUUGUGACAGGAAUAAAUCCCAAGGACAUUCCAGAAGUCUUAGAAAAGGACAUUUAACUCUUCUCUAAACAGAGUUUGACCAUUCAGGUAAAGUACGGCACAGUCUAAUCCAGUUGCUGUGGUGACUGAUGAAUAUAGUAAGUAUAAUCUCAUUGCUCAUUUGGAAAUAUGCUAGGCUAUUUUUGUUCUGCCUGGAUUUUAUUUCUUAACGUGUUUGGCAUAUUCCAAAUCCUGCCCCAAGUUCAUCAAACAAAAAUUGGCAUUAAUGUUGUCAGAAUCCCUAUCAAUUAUUUAGCAGGGUAGGAGGGAUAUUUCAUUUACCACUUUCCACUUCCAAUCUAUUAAGCACCCAAGGAAAACACUAGUAUUAGUGCCUUCGUGGGGAACACUGCCAGCCCCACAAAUCUCUAGCUGUGGAUUCUACUUCAGGUACAAACCUAUAACUGUGGUGGAUGUAGAAGCACUGCAAAAACUGAACCCUCCAAGUUCUGGGAACAUAUCUCCAUGUUGCUGGGGAGGGGGGGGGCUUUUUGCUUUUCCUUUAGCUAGGCAUCCAGAUCUCAUAAUGCAACAUCCAGCAAUUUCAAGAAAAAAACAAACCUUGGUGCUAUGUGUCUUUUGUUGCUAUCCAUUAAAGGAUUGGGCUGCUUUCCCUGUAAGCAUUGCAAGCAUCAGCUCUCAAUUUGUAAUUGUUCAGAAAUCACAAUGUUUUCCUUCUGUUCUGAUUGCUAGACUGUGUCAAAAUUGGAAUACAUUAAAUGGGAUGCCAAACAA